GCAGGCCUUCUGCAGCCAAGAAGUCUCUUACAGCAGGAAGUGCUGCUCCUAAUCUAGAAAGCAAAGCAGGAGACUAGAAGAAGGCAGGGAAAGCAAUGGUUUCCAAGCAAAGCAAUAUCUCAUCAUUCUUCAAGACAGUUAAUUUGGGCAGAAUGAAGUUCCUACCAUGUCAAAACUGGAGGUUGCAACCUAAUUCACGCCCACUACCAAGUGCAGAGAACCAGUUUGAGGAAAUGGCUUCUUUGGUGCAAUGCAUGAUUCCUGAGAAAAAAAUUCGUUCAUAGAAUUCCUUUUUUGAAGAUCUUCAAAGCUGAGGAGUAUAAUGCAUUAACCGAGUACUAUUGGGAGCCCAUCAUACUGGAGUCUAGUUCAAACCAUGCAACAAAUCACUGUUCAGAGACAGCUGGUGAACCUUGAUGCCAUAGCCAAAUAUGGCAAGAACUAGGAAGGUGUUAAUGUGAGGUUUGAGAGCUAUAUCAGUCUAAGAUUGAUGCUACCAUGUUUUUUGUUUUCAGCUAUGGAACCCCAGGGCUUGUUCAAGAAUACAUUGUGACAACUGCUUUUGGAUUGGCACUGGAAACUCGGCAAAUUGGUUAAAAUCCAACAUCAAUCCUCCAAUUCAGAGGGUCUUCUUCUUGACCAUGUCCCCAACACAUCUGUGCUGCAUCUUUCAGGAGCUGGGAAUGGAAGCCAGACGGUCACGAGAACUGUUUUGAUGAGACAUAUCCAAUUCAAGAAGCAUCAUACUGGGGAGCUGGAUCUGGUCUGGCCAUUAUGAAAUAGUUGAUGGUAUUUUACAGUAACUAAAGAUCAAUGUUCCGGAUUAGAACAUAAAAUGGAUCUUUGAGUACAUUGCUGAAUAUAGAAGCAUUGGGGAAGGAGGACACAGGAUUAGAGAUCGAGCAAUGAAUGUGCAACCUAUGGUAUCAUGGCAACCUCCUCUGGAGAUACCAUUAAGAUCAAUACCGAUACAGCAAUACCACAGGGGCAAGGCAAAGCCAGGUUUGGAGUUGUCCUUAGGAAGUAGGAACUGUGACAGCAAAGUUAUAGGAGCUGUGCAAAAGAACUCGUGGGUUUCAAGGAUCAGUUCUUUAAGAUGAGGUUAUGGCUCUUGAUUUCGCAUUGCGUAUGGGCAGAGUAUUUGGACACAGAAAUGUCAUCAUUGAAUCAGAUUGUCUUAAAGCCGUACGAGUAGCUGUGCCUAACGAUGAUUGUUAUCUUCCUUUUGGAGCAAUAGCGGAGGAAAUUCGAGCUAAGAAAUUCCAUUUUCUUUGUGUGUUUCCAGCAUGUAAAGCGUGAGUGUAACUUGCUAACCCAUGGGUAGGCUUUAGCUACAUUCCCUUCACCUUGGGACGGUGUUGGCUAAUAAGGAAUGUAGAAUCAAGAUAUUUGAUACAAGGUUAAACCCCCAUUUUGGUCCCUCAACUCAAUAAAUCCUUGAUUUGAUC